UUUUCGUUUGGGUUUUUUUCACUUUUUUUGUGAUGUUGCUGUAUGUUAUAUAGUUUGAUGAUGCUUGCGAAUGGAUCUAUUACCACGUGUCUUAAAUAAUUUACUCAUUUUUGCAUUAUUUUUUUUUUCUACAAAUAGUGUAGUUAUUUGUUUAUAAUAAUAUCCAACAAGUGAAACAGUAAAUUAAAAUUCAAGUGUAUUAUUGAGAGUUGUUUUUUAUAUAAAAUAAAAAACAAAAAAAUAUCAAUGGAUUCGAGUAAUUGUAGGAUAUAUUCAAACCAGGAUGUUGCUAAUGCAAUAAUUUUAUUUAAUCAAGAAAUACCAUGGACAGAUAGAUUUGAAAGGUUAAUGCAUGAGUGGUCGGCUUGUCAUCGACCAGAAUCAUAUUGGCGGAGUUUUGUAAGUUAUCUUAUAAAUAGUACAAAUGAUGAACAGAUAAAUAAAUAUUUAACGACAAUUAAUUCAUCAUUUUUGAAAAAUUGUGAAGAUAUUUAUCGUCUAUGUGUUAAUGCAUCAAAUCACGCAGCUCAUGAUAAAAUAUUACUUCAUCAAAUUGGUCGUGUUGACAUACUAGAAUCAUUAAAAUUUGAUGGUACCAAUAUAACUAUUGAUUUUGAAAAAAUCCAAUCGAAAUUAUUAAAUAAAUUUCCAUACUCAACAAAAUUUCAACAAAAUCAAAUGUCAUCAAAAAUUGAAUCGUUGAUGCAAAGUGAAUUUAAUAAUAUAUUUCGUUUAAUGCAAAAUGAUUUUCCAUUUGCAUCACAAGCAGUAAUCAAAGAAAUUGCAUACAAUACAUUGUUACUUGAUAAUGAAUCUCAAUCGCCACCACCACCACCACCACUAACACCAAUAUCAUCACCAUCAACAAUGAAUACAGCUGGAGCUUAUAAUUAUUACACAACUGGUGAUUCAUCAAUAAAUAACUCUUGGUCACAACAAAGUUAUCAGCCAAAUUGUAAUAAUUAUGUCAACACAAAUUAUCCCAGGAAUGGAUACACACAAGUUGAUAAUAAUUCACAACAAAAUGGAUAUGUCAAUCCUUCAACAUCAGGCUAUGUCCAGAUAAAUCCAAAAUAAUGCAGUUCAAAAAUAAAUAAUUAAAUAAUACCAGUAGUUUUUUCUUUUUUCAAUUAUUUUUUUUUUUUUCUUUUUUUCAUAUGAGUGUUGAACACAAACAAAAUGGUAAGACUACACAAACUCUACAUUAAUGAACUUAUUAUUCACGUUUUUUUUCAUAUACUGUUAGUAGCAAUUAGCAAA